AUGGUCAACGCCGCGGUGACCUCUGAUAUGGUCGACCAGGGGCUCAUAUUUCGGAGCUCCAGCCCCAUCUCCGUGCUCGAGCGCGGGAUAUCCCUGCCCAACUCCUACUCCACCGUCACCGGCUCCUCCUAUACCUCGUCCUCGUCCUCUCCGACCUCCUCCUCCAGCUCCGGCACCGGCUGCGGGACCAAGAUGGCCACGGCGGCGCCCCGAAGCCCACCGGAGUCGAUCAUCGUUCCCGCCCGCUCCCGCAGCAAGCGCCCCCGCCCCCCGAGCUUCUCUGUGCGCCCUCCCAUCGUCAUCCCGCCGCCACCCUCCUCCGAGAAUACCACCCUCAGCUCAAGCACCGCCCCCCUUUCCUCUGACGAUUACGGGGACUUGGGGGCCGCGUCGCAGGAGAACGAAUCCGAGAACGCCGAGUCGGACUGCUCCAACGAGGAGAAGAUGAAGAAGAAGAAGCUGAAGAAGAAGGCGCCGUCGUCGGCGACCGCCGACGGGGGGGAAGAGGAGGAGGCGGCGGCGAUGUCCUCCUCCCUCUCGGCGGGAGGAGGUGUGAGGAAAUGCAUGCACUGCGAGGUGACCAAGACUCCGCAGUGGCGAGCCGGUCCCAUGGGCCCCAAGACGCUCUGCAACGCCUGCGGAGUCCGCUACAAGUCCGGCCGCCUCUUCCCCGAGUACCGCCCGGCGGCCAGUCCGACCUUCGUGGCGACCGUCCACUCGAAUUCCCAUAAGAAGGUCGUGGAGAUGAGGAACAAGGUCGGCCAGGAGCCGCCGGUGUCGGAGCCGGGUCCGCGGCCGCUGGACGUGGCCGCCAAGUCCUGCGAGCUCCUCGAGUACCUCCGGCGGAGGGAGUGGCGUACCGCCGAGGGACACGGCAUCCUCUCCGAGUAG